AUGCCCUAUCCAAUUAAACCUAGGAUAUAUUAUACAUGCCAUAGAGAUGUCAGAAGGCAAUUGGAAGAAAAUGCUGAGCCAAGUAACUUUGUAAGCCCAAAUGUAAUACCCAUAGCCAUCCAGCCACCCACCACCGCCCUAGAACAAGAUCUUGCCACUGGAGCCUCGCCCAUCACUGCCCCAACUCCUCCAAAAGCAACCAAUGCUAAGGUGACUGCUGCCACCAUAACUCUUAGCCUCACCUUAAAAUUUUCGGUGAAUGCAGCUGCAAGUAAUGGUACAAUGGAGCCUAAAGAAAAUGCCAGGGCUUAUGCCAUGGCUGCCUGCCUAGGGGUUGGGGAGUGUUGGGAGGAGAUCACAUUGGUCAGCUCAUAA